AUGGUAGAGAGUCUGCGCCAAUAUGUUAGAGCUUUACAGGUGAUUAUACGACUGGCCUACAAAGUAGUGUCUCUCAUAGUGAACAGGACGUGGGAGUGUUUCUAUCAGCCCAAGUGGGAGGGAAAGGAAACAACUUAUAUAUCAAAUCAGGAGGUAGGAGCAGAAAGGGUAAAGGAUUAUGAUUUGCCAAGAGCUCAGUUUGAUGAGUUGAGAGCACUGUGGGAACUAAAGAAGCAGGGAGGUAGUAGACAGGAAAUGAUGAGUGCUCAUCCCUCCCUCAAGAAGUAUGCUUUAGUCUGGGAACAGAUACAGGCUCAGGAGAAGAGAUUAGUAAGAGUGUUGCCCCCAAAGCCUGGUUUGAUGGCAAAGACUCAAAUGAUUGUUCCAGCAGCUCUGGUCCCAAAGAAUCAUGACAGACAGCAGCAGCUGGAUGAUCACUCAAAGUAUUUUGAAGAGCUGCCAAAGUUAUCCCAGUUGAGAAAGGAUGCUGAAGAAAAGCAUCUCUCUCAUAUCAAAGACGGUGUAGAUGGAUCAAAACUAUGUGAGAUGUUAACAGGAGGAACCCACUCUUUGGACAAGUCUUACUUUCAAUGGUACAUCUUUGUAGAUAACAAAUCCCACACUGAUUGGCUAAGAAGCCUUAGUUUCCUGACUUACAUUAAUCUAAUGGUUGUUUUAGAUUUUGAUACAGAAUCUGCUGAGAAUGGCUUGAACACACUGUUUAAAGACAGAAAAAAUAAAUCAUCACUUGCCAGCUAGAUGUUCAGAACUGGUAAAUUCCGAAAUGAUCCUCUGCAUGAUGUUGUUUCUUUUUUGUGCUGAAAAGAUGUGCUUCUCAACAAGAAAUUUCUCAUCAUAUUCUUGCUGUUAAGUCAAGUGAAGAGCGGACAAGGCCAUUUGCUGGAGACAUUUGGUAUGUUUUUACAGGAAUUACAGACAACAAAUAAAAUCUUAUGUAUCUGUGACACUGAACCAACCUACACCUACUGGAAGGAUCUCAUUAUGGGGCAUUAUGGAGUUGAUCUCUGGUCAGAGAAUCAUAAAUCAGAAAGGUUUCUACCUGGUGUUGGUGGCAGUAAGGUUGUGUUGUCAAGGAAGGCUGAGGAUACUUUAGAAAUGUUGAGUAUUCUCUGUGUAAACCAAUGUUUCAAAUGUGAUGGAGGAAAUGAGGACAAACAACAAAUUGAAGUGAGAUUUUACAGAGGAGGGUAAGUUUCUUGAUGGAACUUCUAUUUCUCUGAACAGCCGGGGUCAGUGUCACUCAUCAAAGGCGACCAUGUUGAUUAUAUUGUUAAUACCAUCAUUCCAGACCUGCUUACUGAGAAGAGAACUUGUGUGUUCUUCCACAUCUUUCAUCUUCCACAGUGUGGUGCCACGACUCUGGCCAUGCAUGUUCUCUGGACCAGAGUCCUGCACAAGUCUAUUUUUGAAGACCUGCAAAGUUCAGCACCAGUUCCGACCCGUCCCCCAUGAUCAUUUCAAAAUUAAAUCUGCACCCGCCCAGACCCAUUAAUAUUUGGCCUGUUAUCUGGCCCGUACCCGCACA